AUGUCCUCAGAAGCAUGUGGUGUGCAAGGAAGAAUAAGGAGAAUAGCACCGAUGGCACUGUACACUCAUUGCAACAGUCACGUUUUGAAUCUCAGUGUUGCAGCCGCAUGCAGGUUAACUUCAGUCAGAAACAUGAUUGGAACCUUAAAUGAAACUUUCCUUUUCUUUCAUUUUUCACCUAAAAGACAGCGAUUUCUAGAACAAGUUUUGGAGAAGUGUGGUUUUACUUCCAGAAAGGAGAAGUUAAAAGGCUUAUGCAAAACCCUAUGGGUGGAAAAGCAUGAAUGUUACGAGACUUUCUACGAACUUUACGAGUACGUUUGCAUAAGCUUGGAUGCGAUAGCUGAUCAUGAGUCGCAUCCUCAUGUUUAUUCCUCGUUAUUGUUCACGUGGGACAGGGAGACUAAAACCAAGGCACAAGGUCUUCUGGCAAAUCAAAGACAUUCGGAUUCAUUUUCACCUUUUUUGUCACAAAGAAUAGCCUUGGAACACUCAAACCUAUUGCAGCUAAGCUUCAGAAGAAAGAACAAGAUGUCUUCCAAGCGUAUUCUAUGA